CUUUUUACCUUCUUUCUGUUACCUUCCCUUGACAGCAUGUCUCGCCAUCGCCUGAGCAUAUCCCUCGGUGUCCAGUCCUCUCGCAGACGCUCAGCAGCAUCGCACAGCUCCUACGGCACUCGUUCACAAGGCCAGCCCACUCAGCAGAUAUCGUUUGCACCCAACGUUACCCCGGUCUCGUACGAUCAACCUGACGAUGAUGAUAUCGUGAUGGCUGACGAGGAAGGCUCUAUCUUGUUCCCUGCGAGCACAGAGCCGCGCACAGAGCCGAAGCGAAAAACAAAGUCGAAGGAUCCGAACCAUAUCCCGCGUCCCGCCAAUGCAUUUAUGCUCUUCCGUGCUGACUUUGUGCGCCAGAAGCAUGUCCCCGGCAGCAUCGAAACUAAUCAUGGGAGCUUGUCUAAAAUCAUUGGCAGCAUCUGGCACGGCUUGCCUCUUCACGAGAAAAAGAAAUGGGAUACUCGCGCCAGGCAGGAAAAAGCUCGCCACAAAAAACAAUAUCCCGAUUACCAAUUCCGCCCCGUACACAACAAGAACAAGGUAAAGGGCAAGCCCAAGUCUACCAAGAGCAAGAAGAAGUCGGCGCCUAAGAGUCGCCCGACUGAGGUCGACGAGAAGCGUUGUGAGGACGUGGCCUCACUGCUGCUCGGUGGGAAGAAGGGUGACGAACUUGCAGAGGCUGUCCGUCAACUGGAUCAGACUCGAAUCACCCUUGGCCUUGUUGGCCGUAGGAGUUCGAGCGUCCCGCCCGAAGUAGACUUUGCGGGCGGUCCGAUCCAACUCCCGUUGCUUUUGUCUUCAGAUAGUCUUCCUCGUCGUCCUUCCUCAACUCAGCCGUUCGUUUAUCUUCCCUAUCCGCCUCCAGUAUUCGAGCCGAGCUACCCAGCGCCUUGCCUACCCGAAGUCAACACGUCUCUCUUCGCCCACCUUAAUCCCUUUGCCGCUACUUGUCCGCCACCUGCACCCCUCCAGAACAUGUCAGUCUCUCCGUUCGAGCAAGUAGAGUAUAUUAGUCCUUUCGACUGUCCUCCUUCGCUAGCUUCCUCUUCGGUUUAUUCCUCCUCGCAAGGCUCAUCCCAGGGCGGCUCGUCUCAGGCUUCUUCUCCAGGUCCUGAGGAGUUGCCGGUCUUCGCCCCCCAGCCUCAAAUGCCUGCAUUCGAUUGGAUGCCCAAGGAGCAGAGGAUGUCUCUUGCAAACAUACAUGACGUGACCAUGGUGCCCCAAGAUACGCGCCUCUCCAUUUCAUCGCAUUUCGGUCGACCUUGGGAGGAGAUCAGUGAUGAGUGGUCGAGGUUGACGCUCUCUAGCGGUAGAUUUUCGUUGAGCGACGUCUUGUUCAGCGCAGAGGAUAUGUCGAUGGGUGCUGUACCUGAUUUCAGUGAAUUUUCCAAUUAAUCUCACAAUGACUUUUUCCUUCUUGUUUUACCUGCUGUUCUUGUUAUAGCGUAUCUAUUAGCCUACAUUUUUACAUGUAUCCAUAGCUUUUCUGCUCACCUCAUCACAAUCCUGUAUCCUCCUCAUCUUAUCUACA